AUGCCGCGUCCAUCUGGUCGCGCGCUGCGCGAGACGCACUGCGAAAACGACAAUGUUGGUGUGCAGGACUUUGUGCUCCUCGAGAAUUUCCGGAAUGAGGACGCCUUCAUGAACAACCUCAAGCAGCGCUUCCAAAAGGACAUCAUCUACACAUAUAUUGGCAACGUGUGUGUCAGUGUCAACCCGUACCAUCAGCUCGAUAUCUACUCAAAGGAUCACAUUGAAAUGUACCAAAAUGUCAAUCUCUACGAACUGCCCCCGCACAUUUUCGCCGUUGCCGACCAAGCAUACCGCUCGAUGCGAGAUGAGCUCCUUGACCAGGUCAUCCUCAUCUCCGGCGAGUCGGGCGCCGGUAAAACCGAGGCCUCAAAGAAAAUCUUGCAGUUUUUAGCCCUUUCGUCCACGAACACGGGCAAGGCUGGCAACAUCCGUGACCGCCUCCUACAAUCCAACCCGAUUCUGGAGUCGUUUGGUAACGCCAAAACCAUCCGUAACGACAACAGUUCCCGCUUUGGCAAGUACAUGGCCUGCAACUUUGACUUCAAGGGCGAGCCUCUCUCGGGCAAGAUUGUCAACUAUCUCUUGGAGAAGUGUCGCGUUGUCUAUCAGAUGCCUGGCGAGCGCAACUUUCACAUUUUCUACAUGCUCAUGGCCUCGGGCAACACCGCUUUGCUUCAGCGUCUCCAGCUGGACCCGCAACCCAGCAAGUACCGCUACACCAACCAAGGAGAUGCCGAAAAAGUUGCCACCAUUGACGACCUGCGAGACUACCAAGACUUGGAACGUGCCUUUGACGAGCUUGCCUUUGACCGAGCUGAAAUCGACGAGUUGUACAACAUCAUUGGUGCCAUCGUUCACAUGGGCGAACUCAAGUUUGAGGCCAUCACGCGUGAUGAAUCGCGCAUUCAGGAUAUGGAGCCCGUGCAUAAGCUUGCCAAGCUUCUCGGUGUUGAGCUCAAUGUCUUGUCCCAAUGUUUCGUUCACAAGACGGUCGUGGCUCGUGGCCAGGAAAUUCGCGGUGACCUCUCCCAGGAGCAGGCCCAGUACGCCUGUGAUGCCUUGGCCAAGGCCAUGUACGACCGUAUGUUCUCGUGGCUAGUUGAGCGCAUCAACCGCUCCCUCGAGUAUAAUCAUGACGGCCGCCAGACUGUCAUGGGCCUCCUCGACAUUUACGGAUUUGAGAUCAUGAAGACCAACAGCUUUGAGCAGUUUUGCAUCAAUUACUGCAAUGAAAAGCUGCAGCAGCUCUUCAUCGAGCUCACACUCAAGUCGGAGCAGGAGGAAUACCGCAACGAAGGCAUUGAGUGGGAAAAGAUUGACUACUUCAACAAUAAAAUCAUUUGCGACAUGGUCGAGGAGCGCCACAAGGGCAUCAUUGCCGUCUUGGAUGAGGAGUGUCUGCGCCCUGGCGAGGUUUCUGAUAUGACAUUUCUGGAGCGUCUGGAUAACCAACUCAAGCAUCAUCAGCACUUUCUCUCCCACAAGAGCGCGGAUAAGGAGCAGCGCAAGAACAUGAAGUACCAAGACUUUUUGAUUCGCCAUUAUGCCGGCGAUGUGGUCUACACUGUCACUGGUUUCCUUGACAAGAACAACGACCAGCUUUUCCGCGAUCUCAAGGAUGCCAUGUCUCGAUCCACGAGCUCCAUUCUGCAAGCUUGCUUUCCGCGUGAGGAGCUUGAGGCCAAGCGCCGUCCCUUGACAGCAGGCACCCAGUUCAAGCAGUCUCUCAACAGCCUCAUUGAGACCCUGAGCACCAAGACCCCUUCCUACGUGCGCUGCAUCAAGCCCAAUCAUAACAAGCGCGCAGGCGUGUUUGACACUGAAGUCGUGCAUCACCAAGUCAAGUACCUUGGUUUGAUGGAAAACCUGCGUGUGCGGCGUGCUGGCUUCGCCUACCGCCGGCCGUUUGAGAUUUUCUUGGAAAGGUACAAAUCUCUAUCAACCGCAACCUGGCCUAGUUGGCGUGGCAGCGCCCGGGAAGGUAUCCAAAAGAUUAUGGAUGCUUUGCGUGUCCCAGCCGAUGCCUACCGCAUGGGCAAAACAAAAAUCUUCAUCCGCAACCCCAAAACUUUGUUUGACAUUGAGGAUGCCUUUCAGCACAAGCGUCACUGGAUUGCUAGCAAGAUUCAAGCCUCAUACAAAGGCUACAAGCAACACAAACACUACCAAAACCUCAAGGCUGCGACUUUGGUCUUGGUCACCCACUGGCGGCGACUCUUGGCCAUUAAAACGCGGCGUCGUUUGGCCAUUGCCAAUCACACUGUCAAGCUGUUUAUUCGUGGCUUUAAUGCGCGCCACAAGCCCCGCUGCUUGGAGAAUGCCGAGUUUCUCGACUUUGUGCGCUCGCGCUGGCUCAUUGAGCUGUGCAAUCACCUGCCGCCCACCAUUUUGGACCGCCGUUGGAUGCCCAACGUUCCCCCGUACCUCAAAGAAACCUCGGAUAUCUUGCGUUGGCUGCACAAGCGCUAUCAAGCCAAGCAGUAUCGGGAUGACCUCAACCGCAAACCCAAAAUCAAGACUCAGCUUGUGCAAAAGUUGGCGGCUUCUGAGCUCUUUCGUGAGAAGAAGCUGUCGUACCCCAACUCGGUUGCCACUUGGUUUGUCAGUGAUCGCCUUGAGCCCGUGCGAUUUGCCCAGCACCCUUUGCAACCCAUCUUCAACAGCAGCAAGCUCAAAACGGCCGAGGAAACCCGCGUCAAGUAUGCGGCCAACGUGACCAAGUUUGAUCGCCAGAGCUACAAGCCUCGCAACUACAACAUUAUUGUGACCAACAAGGCGCUCUACGUGCUUUACCCCGACACGUUCAAGGUCAACACCCGGAUCGAGUUUACCGAUCUUCUGGGCAUCAGCGUGAGCCGCUUGUUCGACGGCAUCUUUGUGUUGCAUACCAAUCACGAAGCUGAUCGCGACAAGGGCGACUGGAUCUUUCAUACGCCAUACGUCAUUGAGGCGGUCAUGCAAAUUGCACUUGCCUCGCGCAAGGUGCACGUCAUCAAGAUUUUGGACACCAUUCGUCACAAGCGGCGCAAUGGCACCGAGGGAGAAAUCAUCUUCAAGACGGGCCCGGAGACCAUGUUUAUGAAAAACAAGGAGAAGCAGCUGGAAGUCAUUUGCCCUGCUCUUCCCGUGCCGCAGCAUUACCAACGUUUUAAGCAGCAGCUCGCUAACCGCGGCCAGCCCAACAUUGCUCGGCCCCAGCUUGCGGCGGGCCCUGCUUCCGCAGGCCGUGGUCGCGGGGCUCCUCAAGGACGAGGCCGAGGCGUGCCUACAGGUCGUGGCCGAGGCCAGGUUGGACCGGGUCAGGGCAUGGCGAUGCGAGGCGGUCGUGGCCGAGGCCAAGCCGUGCCCAUGAACCGUCCCGUUCAAUCUGAGGCAGCGCUUGGUGUUUAUGGCACGCCCAUGCCCAUCCCAAACAAGGUCCGUUCUUCAUCUUCUUCUUUUUGGUCUUGUAAAGGAAAAAUGGGGGUUGCGUUGUAA